AUGGGAUCGGUGGAGUCGUCCCUCGCGCAGUCGCAAUCGCAGGUUUCUUCCCUCCCUCCGUUCCGAUCGCGUUUUCCGGCGUGAAGUUUCUUUGGAUUAUCCUACUCUCCGCGCCGACCCGCGCCCAUUUGUCUCCCUGUUCUUCUUGUUCCAAGCUGCCGAUCGAUGAAAUCACCACUGUUUCGCGGAGGAUUGAGGGCGCGGAUCCUCUGCUGGAGAAGCUGCAGGCUCUGAAAAUCGUGUGGGUUCUUAUGUCUCUCUCUGUCUCUUGUUCUGUUCAAUCUACCACUUGCUUUUUCCUUUUUGUAAGGCUCUUUUCUGGAAUUUCAUCUUCCUGACGUUUCUCCGGCGUCUUCUUUCUGACUCGUAGGCUGAGCCGCUGCUGAUAUCACCGCCGCCGUCGGAGACCAGCUUGACGGAUAUCCUCGUAAGGAAGCCGUCGAGUUCUUCAGUUUCUGGUACGCCUGUGUUUGGACAUUGUUGGAAUAGGCUGGUUGCCUUCGUUUUUUCCCCGCUCGAUCAAUGAUCUUGACGUCGGUGCAGCCGACUGAUUCUUAAAAUCUGAUCGCCCGGUGUACCAUUCAGACAGAAAGUAGUUAUCCAUAAAUAUUUUGCGGUAUAUGAGCUAUAACGAUGGUGUCGUCUUUCAGUGUGAUGAACUGUUGGAGCAGAGUAUGGAUUUCUUUCGUUUAAUUAUUAUUAUCUUUGUUGUUGUCGGUUGAUGCACACCGUUCUCCCAAACUGGCUGCCUUAACAUUUGGAGAAACCCUAGUCACGAGUAUGAUGCAGAAGAAAAUCGUCAAUUCACCCGUGCACACGUGGGGAGUUUAAUGUGAAAUAUUUUCCUAAUAUUAAAAAGGUGGCUACUCCGACAGAAAUGACCUUUACUGACCUAUUUUUGGGGAGUUUUGCUUCCAUCCGAUGAAUCGACACACCUUCCUCGAACUUUAUUGCCCGUUUGGGGGGGGUUAGAGGAACAACGUCCUGUUCAGUUGCUCUAGAAGAUUAUUUGAACUUUUUUUUUUUUUUUGCUCCAUCUACAAUGGAGUUCUUCUAGGGUGAUGAACUAGUUAAUUUCGUGAUAGGGCAUACAGAAUUCCCCCCUUUAUUUAAUUCGAGAAAAUUGAAGGGCUUUAUGUCAGUUUUGCGAGAGUUCCUCACUGCUGUGGGAUUCGGUUCACUCUUCUUCUUCUUUUUUCUUCUGUGUAGGGGCCUCUUUAGAAUCAUUUCCUUUAUACUUGCAUUUAUUAUUUAAUUUUAUGUUUAUUAUGGGUCAAAUUGAAGGAAAUGUAUGACUCCCAAUCGUGUUUCAUUUAGCUUCCAUGUAAAAAAAAACGAGUUGGUCGACCUAAUACUUGCUAGAAAAAUUAUUUUGAAAUGUCUUCUUUUUUGACUUCCUAGUUCUAUUCCACGACAGAAUCUUUAUGAUAAUCCUGUUGACAGCAGCAGGACUAAUAUAAUGAAUCCCGAGUAUUUCCUUUGAGGCUUGGCUGUUACUACUUUCCCACAUUGACACAAAGUCUUAACAGCCAUCUACUAGCAGGCUGGGGAUCCCCUUUAAACCUUGAGAUGCCAGACCUUCCUAUGUAAAUGGUGAUUACUAUCUGGUAUAUAGACUUUGUAGGGUUACACUGCAAAGGCGCAUAUCUCUAUACUGCUGUUAAAGAAACCAAAAGGGUGCAUCUUUGUCUUCUUUCGAAUGUUCCUUUCCCUUGGUCUUCAAUAUCCAGGGGGGCCUUCUGCUUUUUCCUGCAUGUUAAACCAGUAUUUAGUUCGCGGAAGUUUUGAUUUAUAUUGUCCUGGGGAAACUUGAAUGCGAUAGGUGACUAAAUCUAAUGCCUUUUUGCGAUUAUCAUGAAUCCAGAUACCUACCUGACUCCAUCUUAUUUGCCCUUUAUCUUCUAGUUCAGUCCCUGGUGUGUGCAGCUGAUAGUAUGUAUUAUCUUUGCUUCUUUAGGUUCGUUAAAUCCGCAGGUUCUGUUGGAGCUGUUUUCCAUAUAUUGUGAGUGGCAGGAAGGAAAAACCAAGAACAUAAGCGGGAAACAGGUUUGACUUGAAGUUGCUUGUGUUCUUCUUCUAGAUAUGGAUUUAGAAUUUCCAUUCAUUGAAUAACGCGAAGUAAUGAUUUUUUUUCUUUCUUAAACGAAUAAAGUGUCGUGUUAAGAGUUAUUGACCUCUUAUUAUUUACUAGGUUUCAAGAACCUGUUUUCUUACUUACAGACCUCAAUGGAACUUGAGUUUUGCGAGUGUUUAGGGAAUUUUCAAUGACCUUCCCUUGGGACUAAGGAUUGGGAAAUAAUAUCAUGUUCGUAAUAGAACUAGCAUCUUCCUUUUUUCAGGUGGUCGAAGCUACUAUGAUACUAGUAUACUCAUAAAUUGAUUCACUUUCUUUCAUGUUAUGGGGGUUAAUUAAGUUUCCUGAUGUAGUGACAAGAAUAUGAUGUAACGUCUAAGCUUUCUGAGAAUACAUGGGAAAUUUCUCUCUCAUAUUUUUUACGUUUAUUUAUUUAUUUAUUCACCUUUGCAACAUUUGAUUCACAAAGUAAAAUAGAGACAAAUCCUGUUAUGUACAUUUUCUGGUUUUUUUUUUUUUAAUUUAUAAAGUUGGGUUCUGAGCCUUGAGGCCUUUAUCACCACCUUCACGGUGAUCUAGGCUGUUGCUAAUUGUUUUCAAUAAAUGAUUUUUUUUCCUUUUUUAUGUUCUGACACAAAAAUCCUCCCUCCCCGAAAAUAAAAAAUAAAAAAAUAAAAAUUAUUACAUGAAUAUUUUAAUAAGUGGAAUUUUUUAAUGAAAUGACUUUGGAUUAUUGCAGGAGGAGAUAGAGAACAAGAUUGAAGUGGCGGAUGCUUUGGUUCUCAAACUCCUCAAGCGCUUCAACUAUUCUGUUUCAGCCAUGAAGGCGGCCGCUCAUAAUCUCUCAGAAGGUACUUACUCAGUACAACGAUCUAUUCCCCCACCCCCAUCUUAGUCAAGAGAGAGGAGUGGGACGAGGAGGCAGAGACAGUAGGUUGCGAAACCUGCCAAACGGACGGCCCGGAUUUUACUGGGCUUGGGCCUCUCAAUCAACUCUGGGCUCAUAAACAGGCCGAGCCUGGUCCGGGCUCUACAGAGGUCCGGUCCAUUGAUCUGCCACGUGGCAGCACCUCUACCCACCCCUCCCUUAUAUAGCUGCCUCCCGGCCAGUAGCCCUUUCUUCUGUCUGCCCCAGUGGUCCCGCCCAUCUCGGUGACCCACGUCAGUAGCCUCCGGCCCGAAGCCCGUUUUCCCUGGGCCGGGCUUCAUAGGGCCCCAUGUCAUUCACCAUGGAUUUACCACCACUUCGUAACUCAGAAAACCUCCCCAAAAACCAUGGCUCCCUGGCAGCCAUUUCACAGCCCCUGUGGUUCGCGGCGUACUUAUUAAAAUCCAGAGAGAAAAAAAAAAUAUAUAUAUAUAUAUAUAUAUAUAUGUAUAUUUAUUUAUAUUAUUGAUGUUACGACUGGAAGCAUCGCACUGAUUAUUGUCCAUAUAACUGAACUCGUUUUCUAAAUUUCGAAAUUUUGGCAGCCCACAGCCUGCAGGUCGAGGUGGGCGAGCUCAAGGGCCGGCUGACGGAGGUGAUGAGUAACUGCGACGCCCUCUGCCGGAGGAUCGCCGUGGACGGGCCGCCCCAACUGCAGUCCUCGGUGAGACCCUUCUCGUCCGAUGAUUAUGCUGCGGACCGCGAUCGGACGGGGCCGCCGCGUUGA